AUGAAUUACCUAGCUCUCAGGAAAUCAACCGCUUCGAUCAUGCAGCGUCAGUCGAUUCAUACUUCCUCUGUCACCUUCAGUCAGAGGAGACGGGAACACGAUGCUCUUGUUCGACAACUCGGUCCCAAGUUCAACGACCAGAUCAUCAAUGUCAAGCAGAUGGUGGACAACCUCAAGAUCUUGCAGGCUGAGAGGACUCUCAAGAACCACCCCGACAGUGAGUCUGAUUCGCAGGUUCGAUACUACAAUCGUGCUCAGCUCACUAGACAGCAAAUGGUACCCCUUUUCAAAAGAGGCUGCGUUCUACCGGCUUUCCCCCCGGCUACCUACCCCUCCCGUGAAGUUUCCCUCGACAAGGUUAGAGGUGUCCUCUCCGACGAGAACUCGGUAGCAUGGCGUUUGAUCAGCGGGAUGGUCACCUCUGGCCGAGUCAAGGAGAUCGAUGCGCUCAGCGAAGAGAUGCGAGCGGCCAUCUUGUUCCAUACUGUGCACGGUAUCGGACAAGUCAAAGCCAAAGAGCUCGCGGCUGAAGGAUUCCGAUCCCUCGACGAACUGAAGGAUAUCCCGCAUAGGUUGGACAAGUCUCAAAAGCUUGGCCUUCAACAUUACGAGGACAUGCAAUCCUUGAUCCCUCGAGAGGAAAUCGACGAAUUCAAACAACUCUUCUCCGAGGCAUUGAAGAUUGAUCCCGAAAUCAAGUUCGAGAUCUGUGGCUCCUACAGACGAGGAAACGCUCUAUGUUCCGAUAUCGAUAUCGUCGCUUGGCAUAAGCAAGUCGCGGAACGCUCGACUUUGAUCAACCCGAUCUUCACGCUAAUGCUGACAUCCUACAAUGAUCGCAAGUCCAAGAGCAGUGAGACGGGUGCAUUGAUGGAGCUCGUGUGGGUCGCGCUCCGUAACGCAGGACUAGCUUAUGAAGACAAGGCUUUGGGAAAGGGACCCAAGAAGAUCAGCGCUUUGAUCAAGUUGCCUAAGGAUGGGUCCAAGUGGCGUCAGGUGGACAUCAGGCUAUCUACUUUGGAUUCGCUGCCUUAUACUAUGCUGGCUAUGUCUGGCGACGAUACUUUGCAGAAGAUAUUGCGAAAGCAGGCCAAAGAAGGAUUCAACUUGACUCUGAAUGAAUAUGAGAUGGGUCAGAGGAAGACUGAUAGCGUAAGCGCCUCGCUCGGUUCCACUCAACGAGUAAAUACUGAUCGACCCCGUCUCUUCGCUGCAAUCGCCCUGGCACAACAGAUCACAUCCACUCAAGCGGUCGAAGGAACCCAGAUCUUGGUCAAGGACGAACGCGGCAUCUUUGAACACCUCAAAAUCCCUUACCUCGAGCCCGAGCAGAGGAAUUACCGAACCUACCAGCACAUCAUCCCCAGGCACUUCUUCUGA